CUUUGGCAAGAGGUUCAAAUUUUAACAUUUUACGGUUCUAUAAUGAGGCUUAUAUACUUGAAUCACUUUGGCAACAUGCUUUUAAUCGAGGGUGUGAACAACAAAAACAUGAUGAUAAUUUAACUAUCCUGAAUAAUCAUAAAGCUUUUCGUGAAUUAUGGACUAGAAAAGAGCCAACUGCUCUACCGAACUCUUUAUGGUUUGGCGUAUUAGACCUUGCUCAAAAUUUAAGCCGUCAAACUGUUCAACCUGUCAAUUUAGCUCUUUGUUACUAUUUAGGCUUGGAAUCAUUGCAAAAGUCUCAAUGCUACUAUAUUCAAUUCAAAUCUUUAGAAUUACUUAUUUCUCUAUCUUAUCAGGAGCCUAAGUGGUUUAAAGAUAUAGUACAAGAAGAAAUAGAGAAAUUUAUUGAAGUAUUACCAGUAAAUUCUCAUCUAAAAUUUAAAAACCUAAUUCAUGAUAUAAAUCAAAAGCUUCAACUAAAUAAUGAAUUUUUAGAACAUUUUAGUAUCGAUUAUGAAAAGAAAUCGAUAAUCAAGAACAAUAUGCCAGAUAAAACAUCUAAUCCUUUAUUAAAAAUAGUUGUUGAGAACUUUACCUGUAAGAUUACUGGACAAAUAACUGGAGAUUUUCUUAUUUUAUCAUGUUGUGGUAAUACAGUCAGCCGUGAUGCUAUUAAUAAGUGGGAAAGCGUUUCAAUAUCCGAGAAUAAAUUAUUUAAAUGUCCAUUUUGCAGAUCUGAAAUUAAGAUGGAAUCAAUCUAUAGUCUUGCACAAAAUGCAAUGAUAAAAGGCCUUUAUAAAAGGUUAGCGCAAAUGAAAGGGGAACAAAUAUCGGAUGAUGAUUUAUCUUUAACAAUUAAUAAGAUGAAUGUAUUUGAGAUUCAUAAGUCUUCAAAAUCACUCAGUUCA